AUGGCUGCUGUGACGCUCAUAAAAGUCAGAAUCUUGCUCGACUUGCAAUCUGCUCAAAACACCACACGAGCUUUCAACGGCACUAUCCCACCAGAGAUCGUGGGACUUAUCAGCAGUGAGCUCAUAAGUAGUGCUGUGGCGUCACGUCCCGAUAUCCUCAUGAGCAACAUAGAGCAUCUCUCUAAGCUUAUCAAGAAAGUGAAGCACCAGAUUGUUAAGCUUUACCGAUCUGUCAACGAGUAUAACUCUCACUUCUGGCGCUUGAUGUUGUGUAGUCCAGUAUCGGCCGCUUCGCAAAGACCUGAAGCGUACUCCACUGGAACGAAGGAGGAAGACUGCUUGACCAUUGAGCAAUGUCUUGCUUCUUGGGUCGAGACUCCUGGAGCCUUCCAGUUGAUGAAGGAUUUGAGUCAGGCUAUUUAG